AUGGUAGCUGGUCCUACGGAACAUGGCAUACAAGCCGAUGUGAUUUUUGUGAUUGAAGGAACAGCUGUUAAUGGAGCUUAUCUUAAUGACUUGAAAACAAAUUAUCUUAUUCCUACUCUUGAGUAUUUUAGUCAAGGUGGUAUUGAAGAUAGAGAAUAUGUUUCUGAGCAGAAUAGUACAACGUUAUAUGGAAUAGUAGUAUACCAUGCUGCUGAUUGUUUACCAGCACCAUGUACAGAAACUUUUGGACCAUAUGCAAACCCUCAUAAAUUACUACUUAUUUUAGAUAAAUUAGAAAUGGUUGGUGGAAAAGGAGAAUGUUUUGCAAAUAUUGGAGAAGGUCUGGCAACCGGGUUACAAUGUUUUGAAGAUCUACAAUUACGGCGAGAGCCAAAUACAGCAUCACAGAAACAUUGUAUUUUGAUUUGUAAUUCUCCUCCAUAUCAAACAGUCAUACAGGAAUCAUAUAAAUUUGCUGGACACACCAUAGAACAAUUGGCUACUCUCUAUCAAGAGAGGAACAUUAAUCUUUCCAUAUUAUCACCCAGAAAAAUACCUACUUUAUUUAAAUUAUUUGAAAAGGCUGGAGGAGAUCUUCAAUCAUCUCAGACCAAAAAUUAUGCUAAAGAUCCACGACAUUUGGUUCUUUUACGUAACUAUAACUUAAAAGAAAGGCCUGUUAGCCCAUCAAUUGGUGGAGCUGUUCAUACUACACCAGGCACUGCUGCUCAAAUUCCGUUGAGUCCAUUGCAGAGCAAUGAUAGUCCAAAUACGAAUCAAGUUCAACAAAGUAUUGCACAACCAACUCAAUCUCAAGGUCCACCAUUCAGGAAUCAAACUCCUCAAAAUAUUACUUCAGUUCAUCAAGCAGUAGUACCACUAGCAGCUGCACUGAAUGCUGGACGGCCUCCAUACAAUCCUCAAAUAUCUGCUCCACCAACUUAUCAUCCAAGUGUAACAGCAAGAGCAGGUCAUACUAGGUGGAGACCUUUUGUAACACCGGGAACAACUGGUCCAGCAAAUACGCAAGGUAGUGCUUUAAUAGCACAAUUAAACCAACCACCUCCUUCAAUUGGACUCAAUGUAACUCCAUUUGGACAAAGGAUGGACGUAAGUAAUAGCAAUGUUAUGGCUGCCAAUGCACAGCAACAACAGCAGCAACAGCAACAACAGCAGCAGCAGCAGCAGCAGCAAUUAACUCAACAACAACAGCUGAGAUUAACAAUGCAAUUACAGCAGCAACAGCAACAACAACAACAACAAAAUGUACAGCAACAAGCUUCAAUGCCAAUAACAGCUCAACCAACGCAUGGGCAAGCUGGACCUCAACUAACGGUAUCCUGUGUGAGUCAGUCGGUGCCAACACAAGUACCACAAACAGUUACAGCUUCUCAGACACAGGCAUCUGUAUCAUCGGUUACUCAACAACAAGUAACGCAUUCUCAGACACAGGGUAAUGUAACCGCUGGUACAGUAGGACCAGGACCACAAAUUAGCACACCACGUGAAAGGCAAACGAUAUGGCAAGGUAUUAUUGAAUGGGUUGAAAAAGCUAAAACACCUGCAGAUGCACAGAAACAAACUAGACAUCUUCCGUGUCAAGUUUCUGCGAAUUCCAAGGACGGAGACCCAGAAUUAAAAGCCGAUACAUGGCCUCAGAAAUUAAUCAUGCAAUUGAUGCCCAAGCAAUUAAUAGGAAAUAUUGGUGGAUCUUAUUUAAAAAAUUCUAAAUCUGUUUUGUUUCAUCCAACACCUUGUGAAGCACUAGAGUCAUUAACGAAAGUUAUGAAUUCAGGAUUCGCGGGAUGUGUUCAUUUUACUUUCUUACAAGCAACUGCGGCUUGCGACAUAAAAGUACUUAUUUUACUUUAUACGGCCGAAAGAAGAACGUAUUUAGGAUUUAUUCCAAAUGAUCAGACAGGUUUUGUAGAUCGUCUUCGAAAAGUAAUUCAACAACAAAAAACAUCACAUGCUUCUAUGAGACAGGGACAAGCUGGCGCUGCUCAAGGAAAUUCAAUAACUGGUUCAAUGCCUACUACAGGUACUUCACAAGGAGGUAUACUUAUGUCACAAACAAAUACUAUAGCUAUGGGAGGAGGUCAAAUAACUCAAAAUGUAGUUUCUACAAAUGCUCCACAACAAACAUUAACUUCAUCUGCUGGUCCACAGAAUCAAAUAAACAUGCAGAGUGGUGGUAUUUCUGGUCCCCAAGUGGCUCCAGCUUCUGGUACGAUGAUAGGACAACAAAGACCACCAUUUGAUGACAUAGAAAUAGCUAGGCAUCAAAAUUUAUUAAAAAUUCAACACCUACGGCAAACGUUAGAAGCUGCGCAACAACAGGAGGCGCAAUAUAAGUCGCAACUGGAAGUAAAUAUUCAACAGAAUCUAGAAGUAGCACAGCAACAGGAAAUGCAAUAUAAACAACAGUUGGAGGCUCAACAAGCACAAAGAGCUCUGAAUCCUGCCAGUAUGACGAAUCAGCAAGCAAAUGCUCCAAGAUUGAUGCGGCCUGUUUCGAAUAUGGGCCUUAGACAUUUGUUGCAACAACCACAGCCUCCGUAUAGGCAAGUACUUGGGUUACAGCCACAAAUGGUUGGUCCCCGAGGACAAAUGACAACACGACCCAUGGCUCCUGGUAAUCCACAAAAUCAACAAUUUGAGGAUGUCUCUAAUUAUGAUUUUCUUGGAUAGAUAAUAUAGACAAAUAUUUUUUUACAAAAGUUGUUAUACUGUAAAUAUUAUAUUAAAAUAAAUUAUAUGG